GUCCUCCACUGGAGCAGAUCCAUCCUGCGCAAAUUCUUACCGCAGCUUUCCAGAGGACCAUGUAGCCUUGCUCACAUUUACUACAUCAGAGGAGGCCAAGAUAGCACAUUACGGUCGCACUCCAGGGGCGCCAUGUCGCCAACCGAUGAUCUGUUUGGCAGAGGUAUAUACUCAUGGGCCGACAUACCCACGAGUAUUCUGAGAGCUGAGCUGGCGAGACGGCAAGAUGUAUCGGAGCCGCAGCGCCCAGCUUGUGGGACAAAGAACAAGGGAGCCUACAAUACGCCCAUACAUGUCUUUGCAUUGGUUCUAAUACUGGUGCUGAGUACCAUCGCGUGCGCAUUCCCCGUCAUCGUUCGCCGCUAUCCUCGCUUCCCGGUUCCACAUCACUUCAUUUUCCUCUCGCGACACUUUGGAACAGGCGUUCUGAUAGCCACAGCAUUCGUACACCUUUUUCCAACCGCAUACGUAUCGCUGACAGAUCCAUGCCUUCCUCCGUUUUGGAAUCAGCGGUACCAGCCUAUGGCAGGGCUGAUCGCUAUGACCUCCGUAUUUGUUGUAGUCAGCAUUGAGAUGUUCUUCGCCAUGCGCGGUGCUGGACAUGUGCAUAGCAGCGAUUUCGAGGUGGUUCUUUCGGAUGAAGAUGAUGUACAGGCAUACCACGAUCGCCAAAACGGGUCUUUGCGCGGCGGACGUACAAGAGGAGGGGGCAUAAAGCGCUCUAGGGGGCCUUCAAACAUUAUGCUUGGAGAUAUGAACGCGUCUACGGACAACCUAAUUGACGGUCGCUCGCCUUCUAUAGGCCAGCCUUCACCGAUGCCUCCCAAUGGCAACCCGUCACGCAAAUCUACGGACUCCGCAGAUGAAGACUUGGAACUCGAUCUCGAUGAGCUGAACACGAAUGCUGGGCUCCUCAAUGGCAAGGCAAAGCAGAUCCAGGGCAACGAGCCUCCCGAGAAUACAGUAGUGGGCGGUCACGUUGACCAUUCCACCGAGGUCCAUGACUCGCACUUGACUGACCAAGCUGCGAACCAAAGAGCUCUCCUACAGUGUCUCUUACUCGAAGCUGGCAUUCUCUUCCACAGUGUAUUCAUCGGUAUGGCUCUAUCCGUAUCUACAGGUCCUCCGUUCCUCGUUCUCCUCGUAGCCAUUUCCUUCCACCAAGCUUUCGAAGGCCUCGCACUCGGUUCGCGUAUUGCGGCCCUACACUUCCCCAAUGGUUCGAUCAAGCCUUGGCUCAUGGCGCUGGCAUACGGAACCACGACCCCAAUCGGGCAGGCAAUCGGACUUGCAAUUCACACAUCUUAUGAUCCAGCGAGUGAGACUGGCUUGCUGACUGUCGGCGUCAUGAAUGCCAUUAGCAGCGGGCUGCUACUGUUCGCAGGCCUAGUGCAGUUGCUUGCUGAAGAUUUCCUAAGUGAAGCAAGCUAUAAGAGUCUGAGGGGGAGACGAAGAUAUGAGGCUUGCGGUAGUGUUAUCGGAGGUGCCUUACUCAUGGCCCUGGUGGGUGCUUGGGCGUGAAGUCUUGUCAAAUUAAGAUUACUUAUCGUGGUGCUCUCUUUUCCAUCUCUGGAAGCAUUAGUGAAUUUUUAUUCUGCAUGGGAAUGGUGUUUGUAGAAAGAUCCAACAAAAGAAAUUCUUCAUCCGUUUGCU